AUGGCGGCAUCUCUGUUCACUUUCUCCUCUACUUCACGAAGGGUAGUUCCUGCCCCAAACUCUCCUCCUCUUCCUAUAUACAUCAAAGCCACCAACAUUGUUUUCAACCCUGAUAUUCCCGAUGUUCAUCGAGGUCUUGGACUCGGUGAUUUUGUUAAUUUCUUAGCCUCCUGCCGCCUACGAUAUGCUAUCAGUGACAUUCCAUCAGAGUUCUUCCCUGAACAAGUCUGUGAGUUCUACUACACCGCAACAGUCAAUGAUGAAAACAAUGUCAUCACCGGGACCAUUGGUCGUGGAAGACACUCUGUCUUUAUUACAGUAGAACUUCUCAGUGCUGCACUCAGGUUACCUAUCUUUGAACCAUUCUCUGAACUUCCUUCUAUUGACCGUUGUCGACGUCUAUUCGAUCAACUGGGAUAUGAUCACUCAAAGGCUGGUGCUCAAUCAGCUCUUGUUCUGCGCCAAUGUAUGACCCCAGGAUGGAAGUUCUUCACUGGUGCUUUGUGCAAAUGUGUGGGUCAUAAGUCUCGAAGUGGUGAUCAACUGAGCACCUAUGAGCAACAAAUCGUCUGCUCACUGCUUCUCAACAAAAGACUUGACUAUGGGUCCUUUUUCUUUGAUCAACUUGUUCAGCUUCUUCAUGCAAAUGUACGCGCUGAUCACGUUCCCUUCCCACGCUGGAUUGCUCUCGUGCUCGAUAAAUUCUUUGCUGUAGAUUACUUCUCGCACUAUGGAAAUCCUAUUCAAUGCCCUCGCAUGUCAAUUCGAAUGUAUCAAGAUGAUCUGCUGGUUACUGACAUCGGAAUAUCUGACAGGAUGCGGGAAUGGAUUGCAAACCCAUACACUGUUCCUUCACUCACCGCUGAUAUUGAUGAAGGAGGAGCUGAUGGUAACAAUGAAGAUCCUGCUGGUCAAGAGGAUGAAGCAUAUGAUGUUGGUCAUUUCUCCCCUCAACUUUCUCAUCAUAUCGUCUCUGUUACUGAGAAAGUUCACUCAGCUCAAAAGGAUUCACUGAUUCCGGGGGAGCAACAAUUUCAGGGGGAGCAACAAUCUCAGGGGGAGCAUCCCUCACAGGGGGAGAAUCCACCCCAAGGAGACCACUCUUCUCCAGGGAUGCCACCACACUCACACGCAGCUCCAGGUGCUUUAUUCGUUCAAAUUCCGGCCUCAGCAUUUAAUGAACUUCUGACACUGACUCGGGACAUGAGUCAGCGUCUUCUACACAUUGAGGCUGAUGUUCAUCAGCUUAAGGAAGUUCUCUUGCAUACUCCUUCCUCCAGCCCUCAAUCUGAUGAUGCUCAAAAAGGGGGAGAUGCUGAUACUGAUGAUGAUGAUGAUGAUGCUGCUGAUGAUGAUAAUGCUGAUCGUGAUAAUGAUGAUGAAAAUCCAAAAGAGAAAGACACCGAACAUGCUGAUAACUCCUUAGUUCAAACUGAGCCACCAAAGCAGAUGCCCGAGUCUGACUUUGUGAAGCCUAAUAGUCCUGCAGAUACUGAAAAGCGUGUUGAAGACAGUGAGCAUGAUGAUGAACAAGAUGAUGAAUGUCAAAUACUGGAUAUGAACUUCAUUGAUCCCUUUAUUCCAAUUCAAGAAGAAGAUUCAGAUGAUCUUGAUAAUGAAUCGCAAAGGCCAUACAUAAAAGUCGUUGAUCCCACUGUUGAUCCCAUUAUUCCGGUCCAAGGAGAAGAUUCAGACGUUGCUAGUGAAGAUUCUCAUCCGUUAUCUCGCAAGCGAAAGAGUUUAAUUGAUGAAUACUGUGUUACUAACUCUAAUGGUGUUACUAAGUGUAAUGUUGAAAUUACCGGAGUUGACCCAACCUCUUACCCUGCACAUCUUGUAAGACCAACUCCUCUCACUGAGAAUAUUAUUGCUUUUCCUAUCUCAAAUGGAGUGUUUCAUGCUGUUCAUGAACAACUUAAGCAUUUUCCUGAUUGCAAUGCAAUUGUGAAUAAGUCCAAAUCAGACACUGAUGAUAGCUCAUCGUCUAUCACUGAUCAUAGUUUGUCUGACACUGAAUUCUGUUGUGAUUCAAUAAUAAACAAAAGGACACAAAGCUCUCUUGGUGAAUCUUACAAGCAAUGCAUUGAAGAAUCAAUUCAUGUGAAGUUUGAUGAGGAAUCAUACGCUGAUGAAAGAGUCACUCAUUCUUCCUCUAUUUUUCAAGAGCUUCUCUCUUGCCCAUUUAACGAAGCUCCUCUUGCUGGAGAUGAAGCUGAUAUUUCUGAUUCUAUCGUUCCAGUUCCAUGGUCCUUGAAUCAAGAUACUGCAGCCAGAUCAUCAAAUAAUUCAUCAGGUGCUGAUGAAACUCUUGAAGCUGAAGAUUCUCCUACAACUGAUAACUUGUCAGUGUCAAAUUCUCCGGAAUCAUCAUCAGUCUCUGAACAUCGAUAUCAUCCUGUUGAUCAAAUUAUUGGGAAUAUUCAUGAUGGUGUCCGAACCAAAUCUCGUGUUUCUAAUAACUUUUGCAUAACUGAAUGA